AUGAAGAGCGGGAGAGAAAAGCAACAACUUAAUGGCUUCUUUCCCGACGUUAAGAACAAGGAAAAACAUCACAGCGACAAUCGUGUUCACCUUUGUGCGUUUAUCACCGCUUUGAUGUCGCACCGCUUUUUCUUGGUGCGUGAAAACUCAUUUCUCUCUAAGGUUACUCAAAUUACAAAGAAUUUUAAUAUCAAACCACAUGCUUGUGUAACUGAAUUUGAAGUGGCAAUGUAA